CGCCGGCUUUCACGUGUAGUUGUAUUAACCUUCAAUAUACCAAACACAAUCCACAGUUCUAACAAACUGAAAAAAUGACACAAGAAAUGGACGGUUUCUUCAAGAAAUUCCACGAAAAAGUGAACCAUAGCAUUGACGACGUUACUCGAAAUAAUUUUGCUAAUUUAGAAUGCAAUGCAAAACGCGCAUCCUACUUGUGCAGUCUCGACGUUGUAAAAAGUUAUGAUUUAAGUGCCGACGUGGUGAAAUGUCAGACAGGUGGCCGAUUCCCAGUGGAGAAGGACAUUCAGAAGGCGAAAUUGCUGAAGGAUGAAGGGAACAAGGCGGUGCAGAAAGGUGAUUGGGCAAUGGCGUUGGUCAUGUACAGCCAAAGUAUGCUGCAAAUGCCAGCCAAAGAAACUGAAGAACUAUCUAUCGUAUUUGCGAACCGAUCGGCAGCCCUGAACCAUCUGGAGCAAUAUGAAGAUUCCCUGGCUGACAUCAGACGCUGUCUGGCCCUCGGUUACCCCAGGCACCUUCGAUACAAAGUGCUGGAAAGGAAAGCGAGGACCCUGCUUCUACUGAAGAGGAACCAAGAAGCUGUCACUGCAUUUCAAGAUACAAUAAGCGCGCUGGACGAAGCAAACAAAUUAGACAAAGAAAAGCGUCAAAAAAUGCGAACCGAUGCAAAACUUAUGCUGGAGAUUUUAAACAAAGGGCUUAUCUUGGCUGGGCACCCCAAAGACCCCGAGCCUUUGAAGACAACCCCGCCUAAAGCGAAGCUUCCAGGAAAGCAUAAUCCGUUAUACCCUGCUGCUUCAGAAGCAAUCCAGAUAGAUCAGGAUGAAACACGGGGGAGAUUCGCUGUAGCUACCAGGGACAUAGAAGCAGGGGAAAUGUUGCUGGUAGAGCGGCCGUACAGUGCGGUCUUGUUGGGGGAAUUUUCAAAGACUCAUUGUCAGAAUUGUUUCAUCAAAUGCCCAAUCCCGUUACCGUGUCCAAAAUGUCCAAACGUGAUAUUCUGUGGCGAGAAAUGCUUGGAAGCCGCCCAAAAAUCAUACCAUGGUUUCGAAUGCUCUAUUCUACCAAUCAUAUGGAAAUCAGGCUGCUCGAUCACCUGCCACAUAGCCCUCAGGAUGAUAACACAGAACAAGAAGGACUACUUCGUCAAUAUGAAUAAAGAAUUACAAAGCAAACCUUCGAGUCCAUACAAAACUGAAGAUUACAGAAAUGUUUAUAAUUUAGUAGCUCACGAAGAUAAGAGAACUAAACAAGAUUUCCUGCACAGAGCUCAAAUGACGGCUUUUCUCGUGAAAUUAUUGGAAAUUAGUGGCUAUUUUAACGGUAAACCAAGGGAUAAACCGAUAACUAUGGAGGAGAUAAAAUCUAUGGGAAUAGAUGAAAAAUAUAAAGGGGAUGUGGAACUCUUUGGAGGACUAGUCUUGAAGAAUCUCGAAAUAUUGCAGUUUAAUGCUCAUGAAGUUUUCGAGCUGCAAUGUCCGAAGCCUAAAGUCGGGAAAAACGUUCUCAAACAUGACGGAAAAUCUGUUUUCUUGGCGGGAGCUGUAUUUCCAACACUGGCUCUGUUCAACCACUCGUGCGAUCCAAGUGUAGUGAGAUAUUUCUGUGGCGAGAGAAUAGUUGUGCGGGCCGUAAAGAACAUCAAGAAAGGCGAGGAGGUAUCAGAAAACUACGGGCCAAUCUUCACGACGGUUCCAAAGGAGAAGAGGCAGGCGGACAUGAAGGAGCAGUACUGGUUCGACUGCCACUGUGUCCCGUGCGAGCAGAACUGGCCUCUUUAUGGCGACAUGAAUGAGAACUAUAUGCGAUUCAAAUGUGACUCAGAUCGGCCGUGUCCUAACGUGGUGCCAGUGGCACAUGACUGCAAGGAGUUCAUGGUACAGUGCGGCUUGUGUCAGCAGUAUACGAACAUACUGAAGGGUCUUAAAUCUUUACAGGAUACAGAAAUGUUAUAUCGCAUUGGACGCGGCGCUAUGGAAGAAGGAAAAUAUGGAGAGGCAGUGAAAAAGUUCAUUGAGGUACUAAAACUUUACGAUGCUACUUUGGCACCUCCGUAUCGCUCUUAUUACGACUGUGUCCAAGAUUUGAGGCGCUGUAUGCUGGCUAUGGGAAAUUACAGUAUUGUUUAAAUAUAUCUAUUGGUUUCUUUCUUUGUGAUGUUGUAGAGUUUUAAA